CCUUGCGCUCCUCAUCGUGCCCCCUCGAGUGACUCGGGACAUCAUCAUGCAGACGGACAAUAAUAAACUUGAUCUCAACUCUGAAUGCCUCAAGUUGUACGAAGAUUCGGUCUGGGACCGACUGGACUGAGUUGUGGUUUUUGGAUUAUGUUUUGCGGCUUCACGUUGUACCAUACUCCAUUCGUGCUUGCUGGUUCUUGAUGGAUGUUGCGGGUGACGUAUAGCAGCAUAAAAAUACGUAGUAUUUCCGUGAGUUUUCUAAUUAUGUAUGAUAUAACGUUUUUUUCUACUUAUUUCUACUCAAGAUGAGCUUUCAUUUCUCUGUUCGCAGCCCGUGCUUCGCAACCGCUUGCGCAGAUCCCGUGACCGAUACUAGUAGAGGUGCUCCCAUUAUUUAUCAAAGUGAAAAAAGCCCCCACCCCAUAUCAAAACGAAACUUCUGAUGCUGGAUUUGCGUACGCAAAUCAGAUUUGUCUUGCAGUAGGGAACUGCAGGCCGAUAUCAUGCCAGUGCGCAGAGGUUUUGGCCUAGGCGCUUAGCAUGGGGAACGCGUAUGCUGUAGGACCAACAGCAUUACAAACCGCCAGCAUAAUGGGGCGGAGCGGAUGCCGUUGCUGUCUUGCAAGACAGACACGAUUUGUGACCUCAAAUCAGCAACGCAAAUUUUCGGAAACAUAGCUUUUCAAUAUGGGGAGGGGGGAUUUUUCCUUUUGAUAAUUACUUAUUUGUUCUGAAAUAUGUUUUUCGGAAAGAACUACGAAGCAAUGUACAGGUAUAUCUUGAGUACUGCAAGAACUACACAAUAGGCUACUAGUUGUGCCUGCUUGGAGCGUCCACGUAUGUACUUACCAUUCUGGUUUAAUGGUCCGCGGAAGUGCAGUGAAGACACGGAGACCAGCACACAUAUAUACAUUUAUUUUCAAACAGAAAAGUAACCAAAAUUUCCCGAACCCGCACUUCCUUCAGAAGAACGGGAUGUAAGUAGAGGCACAUGACACAGAAAGGCUGGCUCCGGAGCGUCGUUCAUUCGAAAAAAAUAGCAGCGGUUCACCUGCUUAUAGCCUUUUCGUUUUCAACAACUGCGCGCGAAGCUAGAUCGCUACCUGCUCAAAAAAUGAAGAAAAAAAGUUUCUGGAAGAAGAUGGAUCUCGUGG